GAGCUAACGGAACAACUAAACUUUUCUGUUAGCUUCUUCCGCACACCUGUCAGGCUGCAAACAUCAGAAACUGUUUAAAAAUAUGCUAUAGAAUCACGAUACUAAAAGACGUGUAUAGAAACAAGAUUUCUACGCUGCAGGUCUACAGUAUUUUGCUACCAUGUCUUCUAGGAAGCGUAAAAGGUUGUCCUCCAAAGACAUGAAGUGUCUCUCCUUUCCGAAUGCUGUUGAAAGUGCUCCCCAGAAAAUAGAGAGGAAAACUGCAUCACUCUUAUCCGCCAGGAGCUGGGCAACCUGUGGGGACAGUUUUUUGGACAGCCCGAGCUUAAAGUCUUCAGGGAAAAAGCUGUCUGUUGUGAGGAAGUUGGCACAUGGACCUGCUUUAGUGCAGAGCAGUUCUUAUAGCCUUGAUGAGGACCCAGUGGAUAUCGCCUGGAGCUCUAGUGAUACUGAACCAUCUGAUGAUGAGAAUCGAGUACACAAUCACUCCAAAGCUGUUUCUCAACAGCGAGCACCAGCUCAAAGGCCACGAAGACCGAACACUCUGAUUCAGUCCUACUCAGCUGUUCUCAAAAUGCUCACUGCUGACAAAGAUGAUCUUCCUGCUAUAGAAACAGACAGCGAUCCGGAUCAGUCCCAGGAAGAUGCUGAACAGGACGGCGGGCAACACAUUUCAGACUGUGGGUCGGACUCUCCUGAAGAAAACCCCGUUCUUUGUCCUCUCAGUUCUGAACAUAUGACAGAGCCAGAGAUCUCUGGUUAUGUUUCUGAUGGAGAUGAUGUUCGUGGCACGCUCCCAUCAAGCAAACUGGACUCUGAGGUCUUUCCUCUCCAAACUGGAGAGGGCAGCAAAAGGUCUGUCCAUGACUGGCUAAGAUCUGCGCAGGCAAUGCUGCAGACACCUCAAAAAACUGCUGAAAGGCAAUCCAAGACCCCAGAAGACUCUACCAAAAAGAGAAGGAAGUUUAAAAGUGGAGGUCUGGCAGAGAGGCUGAACAUACUCCAGUGCAGGCAGAGGUCAGCUAUCAGUUUCUGGAGGCACAAGUCCAUCUCUGAGUCCUCAACAGCAACAACCACAACAGUGGACCGGCCUGGUGUGCUUGUGCUCGAGGUGCUGGAGGUCCAUGAAGAGUGUAGCAUGCAACUGGCCCACUGUGAGCCCCCCAGAGAUGGCCACCAGUAUGGAAACGCCGUCUCCGGGGAAACGACUCGGAUGUUGGUGUUAUUCAACAGAGAGACAGCAGCUCAGCUGAUUCCUGCACCAGGAGAUGUCAUCCACAUAUUCCCUCCUUGGCAGAGUCUGUCUAUUGAAGGCUUCAGCUGUCCGCUUAUCCUGAACACACACUUUAGCCAGAAGGUCUCCUCUGCUUCCAAGCCAGAUAAUAGUUCCUCAACAAAGAUUUGGCUCUCUGCUGAGAGACAUGCCCCUUAUUUUUUGGGGAAAAUAUUUGGACUACUGGAUGAAUGCAAGCCCAAAGAUGAAAGCAAUGCAACGCAGCUUGAAGGAUCGAAUGUUCUCUGCAGUUUUAGGACAAGACACUGUCUCUCUCUUCUGGAGGCCAUUGAAGGACUUGGCCAGGCUGGCCAUGUGGAUCAGGAUGUGGAUGUGGUUGUCCAAAGAGUUUACUCCAUCCCUAUGGCAGAUUGUUCUCCUCUGUCCUUUCGCAAGCACAAAGCCUCCCUUCGGUCCUCCACUGCUCCUCCUCCAGCAGAGAAAGGAAAAACCAG